AUGGAGGCAACUAGUGAUACUUGGGGAGAAAUUGAACGUUCUGAGAGCUACCUAGUCUGCUCUAUGUAUGGAGAAGCAGAGUCAUUAUCUUCCUCCAUACUGAAGAGAAUCUUUGGUAAAGUUGAUGGUUUAUCAGAGGAAGCUCAUGGUGAUUAUCAGUUUCAUGACAUGUUGGAAUCUGCUGGGAUGGUUCUAGUCCAAUCCUUGCAUGGUCUCGGCAGGGCUGGUGAGAUUGUAAAUGAGCUAAGACAAGUGUUUGGUGAGGUUGUGGCUAUUCCUGUUCAAGUUCUUCUCACUGGAAUAUGUCUUCAAAUAUCAAACGGUUCCUACUCGGGUGUACGUGAGAUUCUGGAAGAGUUCUUUAGCAUAUGGGUUUACAAGGACAACCACUAUGUCCUGAGUGAUUCUGGAUUAAGUGAAAAAGUGUUCCAUGGGAAAAAAUCGUUGGACAUUGAUGAGUACAUGGAAGUUGUAGAGCUGUAUACCUUUGGGGUUCUUGGAAAAGAUACAAACAACGUUGGACUAGCCAUUUCAUGGGUUGAGGAAGCUGCAUUGCCUGAGGAAAGACGACAGGGACUUUUGAGAAGAUUGCAUUCUCUCCAAUCAGCAAACGUUCGAGAGUCUACUUCUGUAGAGGAAAAUUCUUCUUACGAUGUAGUUAUUAAUAGCAAGAAGUCUUUGGCUAAUGAAAAGAACGUUGAGAGUGAUUAUAUCCUGAAACUCUCUAAACAACAUGAACCUUGGUCAUCCCGUCCUCUAAGCCUAAAGUUCGGUAAUACCCGGUUUAGCAUGUCUAGGGGAAAAGUUGCCAUAAGCCUUGUUGGAUUAAUCAUAUGCUAUGCUUUGAAGAGGAAACGAGCUGCUUUAACACGGAUCAUUCGCAGACAAAUGGAGUCCACGAGAAAAGCAAUUGUAGAUUUCUGGAAGCUUGCGUUUUCAUACCAAGUGAAUCCUCUCGCAGCUAUUCAAUCCAUACCAACCACCGCAACUUGA